GUUUCUCUCCUGACCCCUUCUGCGCGUGCAGCAUCAUCGUACAGGCUGUUGCGUCCUCCUCAGAGACAGUCGGUGCUAUACGUUGUUAACACUUGAACAUACCGGCUGUUUCCGAUCCGCAAUCUGUGUAAUGCCACUCAUUAAUUUGCGAGCCCGGAGAUGUUAUAUUGUCUCUCACACCAUAAACACGCCUGAACGGAGAGGGAUACGGAAUUGCAGCCGCAACAAAUGAUAAUGUGACAGCUAUACCUUUAGAUAAGAAAAGCUCGCUUUGCAGUGGACGGUGGAUUUCUACUAACGAAACAAAGAAACGUUGUACAGCCAGGUGUCUGCUUCCCAUGAGCAGUGCAUCUGGAGAAGCAGCAGUCCAAACACUCUGUGACCUCUCCUCCCCUCUGCUCUCUUCUAAUGGUUUGAUGGAGAUCUGGUCGGAUGACAGCUGGAACUGUUGUCAUAACCGGAGGAAUUCUCGCAACAGUGAUACUCCUGUGUAUCAUUGCAGUGCUUUGUUACUGUAGACUCCAGUAUUAUUGUUGUAAGAGGAAUGAAUCAGAAGGGGAGGCGGGCUCAGUGUAUGAUCCUCAGCCACAGUUUGCCUGCAACGCAUGCAGUGCGCCAGGGGUGGACGGGGCGGCCGUCACCCCUCUCUCGCUGCCCUACGAUCCCGUUCCGUCACACAACUACUGCCCCACCUGCUCACCCCACUACCUCCAUGGCAUGGAUGAGAUGCAUAACGGUGGUGAACGCCUGUCUUAUAUGCCAACUCUUUACGAGAAUCAUGGCGCCACUGCCCUUGGUCUGGCCGCCAUGUACGGCCCCGUGCUGAGCCAUCGCAGCACACCAGGCUUUUACACCAAUACUCAAGCUAUCAGCACUGAUGUCUGACCCACACAGACUCACAGACCAGAGAACAGAACUCCCUGAGUAGACCAGGCCUCAGCAGGUCAUCUUUUGAGCACCUGGGGCCGUGCCUAGAUCUCGACGGAGCCAAGAGUCAAAAGACCUAUAGGAUGCUAUUCUUACAUACAGGUCUGAUUUACACAUAUGAGGCCAUCUUUAGUCUUCCAUUUAUUUAGUUUCUCUGCUGUUUACCUCUUCCUCUUGCACAUCCUAUCCUCUCGUUGCUGUGGUGUUUUCAAGUAAGAACAGUGAGGGCUAUGUGUUAUACUGUAUGAUAUCAAGUGUUCGUGGUUUCUAUUUGCUUUUGUAAUGUAAGUCUUUAAGGUUAAGUUUCAAACAGCAUAUUGUAGUUACCUAAAAAAAGUCAGAUAAAGCAUAAAUUAAGUCAAUUUCGAAAAACAGAGCUGGAACAGCUCGAGAAAGCCAUUGUAGGUUCACCUCAACACAAGUAUAUAUGGUAAACACUUCACACUGUUAGUACUUUUAAAGAAUAUCUUUUAAUGGAUUUUGAAAAUGCUUCUAUGUAAAUUUGCUUGAUUACAUGAUUAUAUCGUGAAAAUAUUCUAUAUGAUAAGCCAAAACUUUUUAUUUUAAACAUUUAACUGAGGAUAGGAAAUUAACCAAACAUGUGAUUUUGUUUUUUUUAUAUGAGUUAAUUGGUUAGAAAUAUGUAAAAUGAACUAUUACUGAUUUGUCCCUUUGGUGUUGCAUAUUGGUCUAUUCAGAUUUAAAUAUAUGUAUCACAAUAACUAAAAUUCACAAAUGCACAGAGAUAUAUUUAGAAAUUUGUUGUAUGGUCAAAUAAGAAUCAGGAUUUAAUAUAUGGUCUAUUCUCACUUUUCACUUUGUUGUCCAUUCACACCAGACUACACAUUACAAUUAAGGGCUUUUUAAGCAUUAAUUGUGAUCUGUAUCCGUAACUGUGAAAUAUAUUUUAUAGUACAAACCCAACACCUUUAUACCCACCUUUUUGAAAAACAUUUUGGGAAACAAUGUCAUUAAUCAAAUUAAUUGGAGCAAAUGACUGGAAAAAAUAUUUUUUAACAAGUUAGAUGCCCUGUAAUAUUAUGAUACUUAUGACAAAAUGAUCCUUAUAAGAACAUUCCAUUUCCUUGUCUAUGCACAUGUUGUUUAUUUUAUGUCUUCUUUGAAUAACCAUUGGUUUAUGAAUUGUGCAUUUAUUCUGAAUGUCUUAUGUCUGGAUUCAUGCUGUCUCAAGCACUCUUGUUAGUUAAUGGAUCAUGUUACGAAUCACAGGAUGGCACUUCCAUUUAAAAUGUGAAUACAUUUUAGCAAAAAUGAAAAUAUAAUGAAGUAUAUUAAUCUGUGGUUUGAAAUAUUGAGAAAAAAAUAAAGAGUAUAUGGUCCACAUAUUUCACAGAAUGCUAUAAAUCUAAAUGAAGCAUUUAUAAAUGCCUGUAGACUUUUAUAAAAUUGGUCAAUUGUGAUCCGAGUAA